AUGGCCUCGCUGUCCACGCACUCUCCCUCGCCGUCUCUCCCCCACAAGAAGCCCAAGCUCAGCCAUCAAGACCUUGCGCCAGCUUCUCCCUCUUCUACUUUCACUGUACCCACUUCUCCCUUCACCAUCAACUCGCCGCCAACUGCUUCCUAUACAAUGACAGCAACUCCUCUGCACUCGGUGCGCAGCGAUCAGCGCCAUUGGGAUCUCCGGCGUCUCUUGACUCAUGCCACUGCCUUCCCCAGCGAGACGUCAGCUGUCGCACUGGGCGAGUUCGAUCCUGAUGCUGGAGACGAGACGCUGAGCUUUUUACAGCACGAGUGUCGCGUGCUGAUUAUCGGCGCUGGCGGGUUAGGCUGUGAGCUCUUAAAAGACGUGGUGCUGUCUGGCUUUACGACAGUGGACAUUCUUGAUAUGGAUACAAUUGACGUGACCAACUUGAACCGCCAGUUUCUCUUUCGAGAGACUGACGUGGGGAAAAGUAAAGCCGAAUGUGCAGCAGCUUUCGUGCGUAACCGCGUAGCAUGUUGCAAGACCGACACUUCCGUGACUAUUACGCCACAUUUUAGAAAAGUACAGGACAUGGACGCGGACUUUUACCGACAGUUUCACGUGAUUCUUUCGGGACUGGACAACAUUGAAGCGCGUCGGUAUUUGAACUCUCUCGUCGUGUCGCUGGCGGAAGUGAACGAGAAUGGAGACGUCGAUCCUUCCACUAUCAUCCCGUUGAUUGACGGGGGCACGGAAGGUCUGCGUGGCCAGGCGCGAGUGAUCAUCCCUCGCAUCACGAGCUGCUUUGAAUGCUCACUUGAGACGUUUCCGCCUCAGAAGAGCUUCCCCAUGUGCACAAUUGCAGAGACACCGCGACAACCGGCGCACUGCAUCGCUUACGCCUUUAUUGUGCUCUGGCCGCGAGCGUUUCCCGAGAAGAAGCUGGACAAGGACUCGCCAGUACACAUGCAGUGGGUGUAUCAAGCUGCAAAGGACCGGGCCGAGCAGUUUGGAAUUGCUGGUGUCACGUACAGUCUGACGCUAGGAGUGGUGAAGAACAUCAUUCCAGCGGUCGCGUCAACAAAUGCAGUGGUGGCGGCCAUGUGUGCGAGCGAAGCACUGAAGGCUAUGAGCUAUUGCAGUCGCUUGAUGAACAAUUACCACAUGCACAUGGGCGCCACAGGAUGCUAUUCGCACACGUUCCAGUACGACCGCAAAAAGGAUUGCGUCGUUUGCUCCCUGCAGCAGAGGACACUGCACGUGGAUGCAGACUCAAUGACGUUGCAGAACUUGAUUGACCACCUUUGCGGUGACAGUUUCCGGCUAUCGAAACCCUCGAUCAGCUCAGGCAGUGCCAAUUUGUUUAUGCAGGGUCCGCCAUCUCUUCGUGCUGCUACAAGCCCUAAUUUAGACAAGACGCUGCGGGAACUCGUAAAGGACGGCGAAAGUUUGACGAUCACUGAUGCCGUUUUCGUGGGCGAUAUGGCGCUGUCGUUGCAGAUCAUUUUUCAACCGACGGAGGAAGUCCGGGCAGCGCUCAUGGAGGACUAG